AUACUAACUUGUCACUCAGGGUGUCUUUGUAUCAAAUGACUACGCUAGGCUAGUGUAAACAUCUGCUUCAUUCUGGUGGGCCUUCAGCCGCCUGUUGAGAGCCACGACAGAUGGAAAGGGAGCGUGUGGCUCAAACACUCCCCUGUUUGACUGGCCUGGCAGUUGUCUUCCCAAAAUAGCCUCCGCUCCGCUGCCUUAUAUGUGCAAGGCCUCCAGCAUGCGCCUGAGGAGGCCUCUCCGCGGAUCUGGAGACGAGCGCACCAUGGAGCUUAUCCUGCUCAACCGCGAGUGUCUCCUGCACCUUUUCUCCUUCCUGGAUAAGGACAGCCGUAGGAGUUUGUCUCUCACCUGCAUAGCGCUGCGGGAUGUCUUCCUGGACCCCCGCCUGUGGCGUCUGCUCAGCUUCAGCUCACUCUCGCAGCUGAGGAGAGACAACUUUGUACUUGGACCUUCUUUGCGUCACCUGUCCAUCUGCUGGUACUCCAGCAGAGUGCUGCAGGUGUGCAACAUUGAGGACUGGAUGAAGAGCUCCUUUCAGAAGGACAUCUGCAGCAAACAUGACACACUGGUCAGCACCUUCCUGGCUCGUGUCUGUCGCACGUGCCCUAACCUGCUAUCCUUGAAGCUCUCGGGCUGCGGACACAUCACAGAUCAAGACGUGAUCCUCCUGCUGGAGAAGUGCAGGAAGUUGCAUCACCUUCACCUAGAGAACUGCGCCCGCAUCACAGACCGUUUACUGGACCGGGCGGUGGCUCACGGUACCAGUCUUGAGGAGGUCAAAGUUGACUUUUGCAGGAACAUCACAAAAGAGGGGCUGAGGUUUGUGCGAGAGAAGAAGCCAGAGUUAAAACUAAGUGCAGUGAGGAGUGCAGACAUGAUCCCAGAUAGUAAACCUGAGGAGAAGGUGCCACUCAGAAGGACCUUGCAGAAACUCCUGGAGUUCUCCUGAUAGAACUAGUGGUUUCUAAGGACUAUGUGUUAUUUAUUGGCAGCGUGAUUUUUGAUUUUUUAAAAAAAAAAACAUUUUUAUACAGUUUGUGUUUUUCUUCCUUAACGUUCCUAUGGUAAUUCCCCACUAUUUCACCAUGUACGACCACAGAUAGUUAAAAAGCACAAACACCUUUUUUGUAUAAUUGCCUUUAUUUACUCACUCACUGCCAUUAAUGGCAAUAUAGAUCAGAUCCUUACUUGACAAAGUUUACACUAAUAACUACAUUCCUACUCCUUCUUUUAUAUUCAAGCUGAAUCUGAAAUUGUAUACAAAAAUGAUCUGGCUAACACAGUCCAAGAUUUAACAGCAUAUUUACUGUCAUGUUCAAGAAUCGUUUGGUUUUUGCGUGUUGUUUUUGAGGUCCCACACAUACUGAAAAUUGGUCAAGAUGUUUAAGGAAGAGAAAACCCCUGUUCAUGUGCAUCCCAGAGGGAAAAAAUCUUGUUUCAUAAAGUAAAAUAAAAAAUUUCAUUUUUUCCAAUGUGUAAUAGUGGUGAAAAUAUACACUACUGUUCAAAAGUGUGGGGUCUAAGCGACCCAAAGAAGUAUGAGAAAUAGCCGUUGCUAGACAUUUUUAAAUGCUAGUGCUAUUAUAGCCAAUCAAACACCCUAUUUGAAAAAGCUUUAAAGGGAACCUCGGACCUAAAGACUUA